ACUGGCUUCGUCAGUAUUGGUUAUGGCAGGAAAACGGGAGAGUUAGAAGCGUUUGUCCUCCAUCAGGGAAACGGAUCUGACGUUUGCGACGACCUGAGGGGUCUGAUCCAGGCUUCGAGCAGGGAUGGCCACGUCCCAGGGCCCCACCAUGCUGUGGAGCCCCAUGGUGAUUGUGGAGGCUGCGGGUGGAGCCCUGCCCCAGGUUUCCCAGUAUUCAAUGAAACCUGCCAACCAGGAAGAGGGCUGUGUGUCCUUUGAGGAUGUGGCUGUGUACUUCUCCUGGGAGGAAUGGACACUACUUGAUGACUCUCAAAGGCUCCUGUACCAGACUGUGAUGACGGAGGCCUUCACACUCGUGUCUUCGCUGGGACUUAUACCUUCUGGGAUUCAUGACAUCAGCCAUCUGGAGUCUUGUGGAGAUCUCUCUGUGCCUGCACUGAGAUUCCUGACUCCGUGUUUAUGGACAGGUUGUUGGAUCAAAGUGGAGGGUGAGCCGUCCCCUUUGGAGCACAGUCGGUCUGCAGAAGGAGAUCUUACUUCAUCCAGGCUCCAACAGCAGAUGCUGAGCUGUGCUGAGACCCCCUUACUAAGCACAGACAAUGUGACGAUCCUCCAGACCCCCUCAGGUCUUCUCAGGCAUCAGGUGACUUACACUGUGGGGGAGCCACCCAAGAGCACCGAGAGUGGAGAGGCUGUGCAGGGAGAGAAGAAGAACUGCAUAUGCGGUGACUGUGGCAAAACUUUUACCAGCACUUCUCACCUUAAUCGGCACCGAAUGAUACACACCGGAGAAAAGCCUUUUCAGUGCAGUGAAUGUGGGAUGUCCUUCAGCCAAAAAGCCUUUCUCGUUAAGCAUUUCAGAAUGCACACUGGAGAAAAGCCCUAUAGGUGUAGUGAAUGUGGCAAAGCUUUCAAGCAUAAUAUCUCCCUUGUUUCUCAUCAGCGAGUUCACACAGGAGAAACACCUUUUACGUGCAGUGAAUGUGGCAAAUCCUAUAUGACCAGAUCCAACCUUACACGCCAUUUUCAAGUUCAUAAUGCAGAGAAGCCUUAUAAUUGUAGCGAAUGUGGAAAAGCGUUUAAGGAAAAGUCCAGCCUCGUUUAUCAUGCCCGAGUGCACACUCGGGAAAGGCCUUUUGAGUGCAGUGAAUGUGGUAAAUCCUUCAGCCAAAAGGCCUUUCUUGUUAAGCAUUUCAGAGUUCACACCGGAGAAAAGCCUUUCAGGUGUAGUGAAUGUGGCAAAACUUUCAAGCAUAACUGCUUCCUGGUUGCUCAUCAGCGAGUUCACACAGGAGAAACGCCUUUCACAUGCAGUGAAUGUGGGAAGGCGUACAUGAACAGAUCCAGCCUUUUGUAUCAUUUUCGAGUUCACACUGGAGAAAAGCCGUAGAAGUGCAGAGAAUGUGGAAAAGCAUUUCAGAAAAAAAAAAUACAGCCUUGUUUAUCGUGUGUGACUCAGACUGGGGAAAGGCCUUUUGAAUGUCAUAAGUCUGGGCAAUCUGGGCAGUGUUAAAAGAAAAAAAAAACAGAAAAAUUGUCACCUCUGAAAGACCAAUAAGUUAGUAGCAGAGGAAAACUUUUACAUUUAAUGUGUGUGGAAGAGUCUUUACUGUGAGUAACAGCCUCAUUAAGCAUGAGAGACACAACACUACAGCUAAGCAUCAGGAAUGCAGGGAAUGUGGGAAAGUGUUUUGCUGCAGGACUGGACUUUGCGGACACCAAAUGAUUCACACUGGAUAGAAUAUGUGUAUUGGGUGCAGUGAACCUAAGAAAUUGUUUCAGUGGUCUGUCCUAUGCCACAAGAAUGCCUCUAAAUUGGGGAGCCUUCACCCACACUUCUGUCCUGUUUAACUGAAGAGGCCACAGUGCGGGGGUGCAUCAGGAACCCAUUGAGAGUGGGGACGCCUUUGUGCAAUAGUCUGCUCCCAUUAGCAACACAUGUAAAACCCAGAUAGGUUUGUGAAUGUAGAGAAAGCUUCAGCCAUUGGCCAACCUUUUUCAAAGUCAGAAGUCCUGAGAGUAGCCUUUUUGAGGGAGCCAGUCAUUGAAAGGUACUCGUCAAAUAAGAACACUGGGACAAGAUGAGGGGUUGUUGCCGUUUUCUUAUUCCCGAGAAGUUAAUACUUUCUGGGGAGCUUAGCAAGAGGAGGCCCAGUGUUCUUGACUGCACCAGCAUGGAGUAGAAUUUCCAUGUUACUGAGCUUGAAUGGGAGAGGAUCAAAAUGUCUUUGGAUUUUAAAUAAGACUUUUUUUUUUCUUUUCACUGAAUAUUGCAGAUCCUGGACUAAAUGAUUGUUUGCUGUAUAGUCUUCAUGACCAUCAUGUUCCCAUGUGUCCCUCAAUCUGUAGAGGACCAGCUCUGUGUAGCAUCUUAUGCCCUCAUGUAGGAGUGCAGUCUAUAUGUUUUAGGUGUUUGUUUGUUUGUUUUUUUAAUGUGUGGGUAUUUUGGCUGCACAUAUGUAUGUAUAUAAAGUUCAUAACUGAGGCCUAUAAGGCCCAAAAAGGCAUUGGAUCCCUGGAAUGGGAGUUACGGAUGGUUAUGAACGGCAGUGUUCACGGUGAAUAGAACCUAGGUCCUCUGCAGGAGCAGCUUGUAGUCUUUCACAGUGAGCCCUCUCUCGAGACCAUGUUUUAAGUUUUUAAGAAGUUAUCAGAUUUUGUUCUAAGUGGCUGUGUGUUUCAGCUUUCCUUCUGGAGUGUAUCAGGUACCAGUCCCUCACAUCCUGACACAUUCUAAGUCAUGAGGUGUUCAUCUUAACAAUGGUAAUAAUUAUGUGGGCCUGGGUGGCACAGGCCUUUAAUAUCAGCACUCAGGAGGCAGAGGCAGCUGGAUGUCUGUGAGUUCAAGGCCAGCCUGGUUUACAUAACUAGUUCCAGGACAGCCAGGACCUAGAGAUAACCUGUCUCAAAAAACCAAAAAGAACAACACUACAACAACUAAAUAAAGAACAACAACUGUAGCAUAUAAUUGGGGUUUUAAUUUUGCAUUAUCUUCAUAUAUUAUUGUAGGGAUUUAUUUACUUUUGUGAGUUUGUGUUAUGUAUACUUUGGAGUUACCAUCAGAGUUACUGGAACUGGAGUUCCAGAUCAUUGUGAACCUCUGUGCUUGGAAUUAAACCAAGUUUAUUUGCAAGAACAGUAAGUGCUGUUAGCCAGUUAGCCAGUUCUCUAUUCU